CUAACUCUUACUUGAUUCCUUUUCCUUCUCCUCUCACAACUAAACGGCCCUAAGAGAAAGGACAAAAGUGCUACACGAGUACACAUCCACGAACGGCAUUACCUUCCUUAAUUUCCCACCUGUUGAAUAACUAACAGGUAGCAAAGAAAAGAAUCUCCCUCACACACUCCAAUCAGCUAACGACAUGAACAUACAACACAAAGCUUAAAAAAAAAAACAACGAAACGAAAGAGAAAAAAUGGCGAAAAAUCAAGGAGAAGGUGAAAUCACAGAACAUCAAUUACAGCGAAACUCAUCCUCUAACUCAAAUUCGGCCCCUCAAAAUACGAAUAUUAACGCACCAUUGCAGCGAAGAAACGCGCCAUUUUUGAUCGUAUGUAGAUGUUUUAGCGUCAUCACUGCUGCAUCUGCUGCUCUUUGUAUCGCCGUCAAUGUUCUUUCUGCUGUUCGAUCGUUCAAGAAUGGAUCUGAUGUUUUUGAUGGGAUUUUCCGAUGUUAUGCUGUUGCGUUAGCGAUUUUUGUGGUUUUGGCUGAGACGGAAUGGAGUCUUAUUUUCAAAUUCUGGAAGGUGUUAGAGUAUUGGCCUGGCAGAAGCAUGCUGCAGAUCUUUGUUGCUGUUAUGACUAGAGCGUUCUCUGACUUCAUCGGAACGCAGCGUGACCUGGUUCUUCUUCAAAGCAUAGCAAGCUAUCUGCUGCUUUCAUGUGGUGUUGUGUAUCUUGUAUCGGGAAUCCUUUGCAUUGGUAUGCUCAAGCGUUCCCUCGAACAGAAAGAAACUACAAGGGAUCAAGCAGUUAAGGAUCUAGAGGAACUGGAGAGGAAGCGACAGGAGCUUGAAGCUUUGUUAAUUGACAAUAACGUCUGAAAGAGAAACCAUAUCUGGUUUUUGCACAGUUUCCUCAUCUAGAGUUUCUCCAGAACAUAGUGAAAUAGAAGCCUUGAAGCUGACUGUUUCUGAACCCUUUUGUACAGUCUACUCAUUUCGUGAUGGUUUAGCAAGUUACAUAAGCAGGAUUCAAUUUUCUUUUCCUUGUUUUUACUUCUUAUAUAGCUGUAUUCAUUUUUUAAUCAUUCUUGACUGGUGUGGAUAAAGAGUAGCUGGUUGACAGAAAAUGUAACCAACUAAUUUUGGUAAAACUAGAAUAACAUGUUUAUUUUUCCACUAGUAAAUCUGAAUUUUUCCACCUUGAUAAAAUUCUGGUUUCUCAAGCA